AUGCCGAAACCAAAUCCUUUCCUCAACCUCUUCCGGCGGUACUACACCCGCCGCGCCUUCCAACGCCCCUCGUCCAGCCUCCCCCACCCUUCCGCACGCCCGCAAUGCCUCCGCGAACGCCUGCGCUGGCACCGCCUCACCCUCCUCCCCCGACGCCCGCUCAGCAGCAGCCGCCCCCGCAAAAACAACGGCCUCGACCCAAACUUCAUCUCAAUCCUCGACCGCCCCGCGAAAAUAGCGCGCGUCGGCAAGCAGCACGGCCCCGGUCUAAUAAUCCUGGCCGUCAUCCCCGUGACAGCCUUCAUCCUCGGGUGCUGGCAAGUGCAGCGGCUGGGCUGGAAAACCGAGCUGGUCGCGCGGUUCGAAGACCGGCUGACGUUCCCGCCGCUCGAGCUGCCGCUGCGCAUCGACCAGGCCGCGGUGCAGGACUUCGACUACCGGCGGGUCUGGGCGCGGGGCCGGCUGCGGCACGACCAGGAGAUGCUGAUCGGGCCGCGCAUGCUGGAGGGCGAGGAGGGGUAUACGGUAGUCACGCCGCUGGAGCGCGAGGACGAGCGGGGGAAUAAGUACAAGAUUCUGUGCUGUCGGGGCUGGAUUCGGAAGGAUACGGCGAAGCAGUGGUUUCGGAAGAAGAAUGGGGCGCUGCCGGAGGGGGAGGUGGUGGUGGAGGGCCUGCUGAGGGUGCCGCCGAAGGGGAAUAUGUUUACGCCGAGGAACAGGCCGGAGGAGGGGAAGUGGUUUUUUCCGGAUGUGAGGGAGAUGGCGGCGUGGACGGGGAGUCAGCCUGUUUGGGUGGAGGAGACGAUGACGCCGGAUCUACUCGUCAACUAUGAGAGGGAACCCAAGGGAAUCCCCGUGGGGAGGGCUGCGGCCGUGAACCUCAGGAAUAAUCAUACACAGUACAUCUUCACUUGGUACGCACUGAGUCUCGCGACAUCCAUCAUGUUCUGGAUGGUGGUUAAAAAACCGCUGUCCGGCACCCAAAAGCGCGUCCGGCACAGCCAUGAAUGGUCAUGAUCAUAAUACCGCAUGCUUCUUCAUCCCGCCUCUUCUUCCUCAUCAACCCUUUCCAGCCGCUUGCGCCUUUGCCUCUUAAAUUUGGGUAGAGGCCCCAUUCGAAGCUGCUGUAGCAGUUCCCUUGGCAGCAAUUUCUGCGCCAGGGAGAACGAUGUGCUAUUACUUGUAAUCUGGCGUGUCCUAAGAAAGAAGGGUCAGCCGCCUUAUUGGACAAAUGUAGACAUCUGUACAGUAAAUGUAAACUGUAACAUACCUCUUCAUUAGAGCG